CUCUGGCCAAUGUUUCAAUGAAACAUCAGCUCUUCUGACCAUGGAUUACCUGCGAUCAAUGAAAUCUAAACUGGUUAACAAUCUUGCGUCAACCGGUCUUAUUCAACACCCUGCAUAUGGAGAAGACAUCGAACUUUGCCCUGGGGAUCGAGUCGUUUCUCGCAAAUACACAAAUGAACUUACAUCACCUGACGAUACCCCGGAUGCAGAGACGUCGGACGAAUCUAUAUCCCAUCAUGCUAAUGGACGAGCGUUAGGACCGACACAGAGUUCGGAUAACCAAGUCGAAAAGCCCUCCGAUGAGCAAGAGAAGGGAAAGAGCAGCGCUUUACAAGCUUGCUGGAAUGUCAGUAACUGUAUGCAAGGCAUUGGUAUCCUCAGCUUACCAUACACAGUCAAGCAAGGGGGCGUGGCAUCAUUGGUUGCCAUGGUAGUUAUACUCAUCCUUGGUCACUAUACCAGCAAGAUCCUAGUUUACUGUAAAUACGACGACGAUGAGGAUGAUGAAGAUAGCGACUCGAGGAUAAACGACACGCGUAGAAAUGCUCCGAUUGAAUCUGACCGUCCAGAGGUCGUGCGAGAGACAUACGCCGACAUCGCUGAUGCUUGCUUCAAACAUGGAGGCCACGUGAUCAAUGCUGUACAGAUCGUUGACAUUCUGACGGUGGCAGCGCUGUAUCUUCAGUUGUCGGGUGCCCUUCUGGUAGAUACCUUUCCGCAAGCUGGAUUAAACCGGUUUCUCUGGACAGCCAUAACCGUCGUCGUGCUUCUUCCAACGGUGCUCUUCAAGAAUCUUACAAGGAUAUCGUGGUUGAGCCUGGUGGCUUUAAUCGCUCUUGCCGUGAUGUUAUCAAGUGUAGUGUGGUAUAGCUUCGGUCGUAGCAUCCACUGGAAGAUGGAGAGCAUCCCGCCGUUUUCCAUCGAGCCCUUCGCCAUCAGCGCCGCCAUGAUAUCUCUCAAUUUUGGGGCGCAGUUCUUGAUGCCGGGAGUGGAAGGCAGUAUGCGUGAACCUUCCAAAUUCAACACGAUGCUCAACUACUCCUACAUAGUUACAGGGUUUCUCAACGUUGGCUUCUCCCUCUUCGCCUUCUUGACCUUUGUGGAAGACACGCAGGAGUUCAUCACUUACAACAUGCCUCGAGGACCACUCCAAGCUACCGUCAGUUGUCUUUUCGUCAUCAAAUCCUUACUUACUUACCCGCUUAUGAUUUUUGUCAUCGUGAGUACCGUCGACUCAAUGAAGUUGUCGUUCCUGCCGCGUUGUUAUCCAGAACAAGAUGAGCGUUGUCCACCUAUUUGGGCCAUCAUUUUUAGGGUUAUCCUAGUAGGCAUGUCUUUCCUGAUGGCAGUAGCAAUUCCGCACUUCUCGUUGCUGAUGGGUGUUUCUGGGAGUCUCACCGUACCUUGGCUGGACUAUAUAUUCCCUUGUCUGUUUUAUUUAAAGCUGAGAAAGGCCAAUAUAGGAAUGCUGGAGAAAGCAUAUCUUUGGUUCAUCAUCUUGCUAGGUGGAAUAGCAGGUGCCGUAGGACUUUUCUAUUCGUGUAGAGCUAUGGUUAGGGCAAUGUCAGGAGAAAUUAAUGAUGGCUGGUAGUAGCUGCUCACUGAAUCAGACUGUGUUUAUUUUCAUCUUUCGUGCACGAAUAUUUCAAUUUGAUAUUAUUCUUAGGUUCAGCCAACAAAACUACCAGUAGACUUACUAUAAACUUAAAAGAUGAUGAUUUGUGUGGAUUGUACCUUGUAGCGUAUGAAACCAUUAGGUGAAUGGAAGCAGGAUUCUGAUCAGGAACAUGUUGGUCAUGAAAUUUUACAAAAUUAUGUCUGAAACCAAGGUCAAGAGCAGUCUGGCAACCACGUUGAUGCCGUCUCUAACACCAGACUUUGAUUUCAUUCAGUGGUUUGGAUAAGAAUCAAACUCUGUUCAGUUAUUUAGUGGACCACUCGCCCCUUGUUUUUUUUUUUAUUUUAAGUUAAAGACCAAACGAGUUUUUCGAUUACCACCACUCCUUUCUUUUUCCUUUUCCCCUUUGUUUUUCUUGCUUUGAAGAUCUUUACCGAUCUUAUCAAUAUUGUGCAAUCUUCUUCCACUCUCGUUAGUCAACCAUAAAAUUCAACCAAUUUGUGAAGCUUGAGUAUCACACAUCUCAUUGGUAAACAUGUUAAUAGUCGGGUGAGUAGAAUAAAAUGUGGCGGUAAACAUAAUGUUUGACGAACGGGCAAAUUCUUUCGUCAACUCCCAUGAGAGGUUAUUUGGAUCAUUAUCAUGAAGACAUUGAAUUCAAGAAAAACCUUUUGGCUGGUAUUCUGACAACCAUGUUUUAGUUAAACCUGGCUUAAGUUUGACCACACUUUUAUGGAGUGCCAGUUGUCUACUCAAUCACCACUUCAAAAAAUAUCCUUACCCUUCUGCAAAAAAGUUAUCCAAAAAUAAUAAAAAGAAAUUGAAAAUAGAUGAAGUUCAAUAAACUUCAAUUAAUUUAUUGGUACAUUAUCAUUUCCUGGAAUAUGUAUGGAGUAUUAUAAAGCCAAGCAUUCCAUAAAAUAAAAGUGUGGUUUAAAAUUCUAGUUUAGACUAGGGUUAAACCUAGGUUUAAUCAUCAGAAUAACUCGCGUUCUCUUUUCGCACCACCAUUGCCCAAUAUUCCAUUUGAACCCUUCAAUUCAAGAGAUGGAUAGAUCGACAGUCAAAAUGAAAGGAUUUCCUUGCCAAACCCGGAAAUAUAAAUGUAACCGAGCCGAUUCACGGCCGUACGCAGGUUUUUUUUCCCGGGGGGGGGGGGGUGGCAAGACGCAUACAAAUUUUCGGGUCAAAAGAAACCCUCAAAAGCGAGGGAGAAAUGCGACCGAGGUUGUCAUUGAGGGCCCCUAUGCAUUUUCUGAAGUGAUGCUGAAUUGUUAACACACACUUUCAGUGAUUUUCUGAAAGUUUUCAUAAAUAAGAAAAAAAAAACUUUUCAAAACUUCUAGGUGGCAACUGCGCUACCCCUCCCUGCGUACGGCCAUGGCCCGAUUAAAAUUUAUGAUAUUUGAGCAAAUCACUUGCCCUUUUCUUGUGGAAUGGUUUAUUAUUUGUGCUAUACUCGAUAUGCGUUUUCAUUUCCAAGACAAAUUUAUCCUAAUGUAAUGUUGUACAUAAUUAUUUCCAAUUAUCUUGUUAUUUGAUCUUCAUUAUGCGAAUAUGGAUAUGACUGGUAAUAUUAAUAUGCAAUAUGAUAUCGAAAGUUCAGAACCUUGUUUGAAUUCAAAGUCAAGGAUUCAAAAUAUUUUAAGUUGAAAUAAAAAUGAUGUAAACUCUG